AUGUCUAAGACUGAAAUUAAACAAAGUGAAGAGGUUGAUUCUUCGGAGUGCCCAAAGGGACAUCGCCAGACCCACGAGAUGAACGCUUCGAAAACUAAUGAGGCGUUACCAUCAUCAUCACCGUCUGUUCAAUACCAAUUAAAACAAGUAGUUGGUAAAGGAUCAUACGGGGUUGUAUAUAGAGCUGUGAAUAAAAAAAGUAAACAGACUGUGGCCAUUAAGGAGAUUAAUUACGAUAAUGAUGAGGAGUUAAGUGAAAUAAUGAUCGAAAUCGAUUUAUUGAAAAAUCUGAACCACAUCAAUAUUGUUAAAUACCAUGGAUUUAUCCAAAAAUCAUCAAACCUUUACAUUAUACUUGAGUAUGCAUCCCAUGGCUCCUUAAAGAAUUUAUUUGCGAAGAGACCUACUAAGCGAUUAGAAGAGAACGAGACAACUAUAUACAUUAAACAGACGUUACAUGGUUUGGCGUAUCUGCAUGAGCAAGGGGUAAUACACCGAGACAUUAAGGCUGCAAACCUCCUCUUGGACGCCAACAAUAUUGUAAAAUUAGCUGAUUUUGGGGUUUCUACAAUGGUAAACAAUACGGCGAUGACAUUGGCUGGUUCAUUAAAUUGGAUGGCACCUGAAAUAAUCACGAACAAAGGUGCUUCAACUUUGAGUGAUAUAUGGUCACUAGGGGCUACUGUAGUUGAAUUGAUGACAGGUAAUCCUCCAUUCCAUAAUCUGAUCGAUAUUAACAUAUACUAUGCUAUAGAAAAUGAUAAAUAUUAUCCUCCUGACUCACUGCCAGAUAAGUGCAAACAUUUCCUGAAGCAGUGCUUCCACAAAUCAAUGUAUAGAAGACCAACAGCUGUACAGCUACUAAAGCAUCCAUGGUUACGCGACAUAAGGGAGACAGCUCCAAAGCUCACUAGGGAAAGCAAAUUAUCAAAGUUUCAAGAAGUUGAUACAGAUAUGGAUCAAGAUUGGGAUGCUGAUUUUACAGAACCUACAGAAAUCCCAAGGGACAGUUUAACGAAUUUUGUGGCAAAGAGGGCUUCUAAUAGCGAUCUCUAUACAUCUAGGACAUCAUCACCUGCGAGACCAGGUGCUAUACAACUCCAUAGAUCGCCGGCAAAGCCACCUGUAAAACUAGGAAGGUAUCUGUCAGGGGAUAGUGAUAUAUCUGAUGAACUCAACAAAGACAUAAAUGAAUUAGAAAAUGAACUUCCGGUCAAUGGAUAUUAUUAUUUAGAGAAGAUACGAUCAGGUGCAAUGUCGACGAAAGAGAAAUUACCACUGAUAUUUAACGACUGCAAGACAAGUGAUAUUGUCGAAUGUUUAUUUCUUUUGCUGAGUGAUGAAUGCAUAAUAAACGACAAAACAGACAUAGUGAUCCAAUUACUGGAACAUGAUGCUAAAUUAAAUGAGUCCAAAGUUAAAAAUCAGUUCAUCAAUUACGGUGGACUGAACAGAGCUUUUGGAAAUGAACGAUUAAUAUCUACAUGUUUUUUGAUGGAAACGUCCAACUCGCUAUAUGGGUACCAAUUUAUGUUUCAAUGUGGGAUAAUGAAUCAUAUCUCAAGUUAUUCCUCCAAUCCACGAGUAUAUCUAGAACUUGUGUAUCAGUAUCUUGAUGUAACAUCAAUCAAAUUUUGGUAUAAUUGGUGCGCCGCUAACUUAGAUGUGACACUGUUGGUAAAUCAAUUAUUGGGAGACAAAAGGGCCCAAUCAAUUCUAAUUAAAUUAUCAUCAUUGGAUAAUCGUAUCGAUGUAGAAUAUUCUCACUGGACACUACAGACUAUAUUGCCAAAGAUUAUUAAUAAAUAUCCCAGACUGGAUUCAUUAAACUUACACUGCAUGUAUAUAGUUUUGAAAUCCAUGACCUUGAUGUUACAGACACCCUAUAGUGAUGAACUGGGGCCUGAAGAUUCUAAUAUACCAAUCCAUUCAGUUGGACGAACCCCUAGUGGAAAUAUGAUACCAUCUGCCCCAUCUAGCAGUAAUGGUGGCUCUCCGAUAAAACAGAAAUAUCUGAGAACUCUACAAACUCACGAAUUAAGAAAUUCAAGUAUCAAUGACUCAAUAUCCGCUUUAGCCUUAUCUGUUAAAACACAAAAAUGGUUGUUGGGUCUUCUAGGACACGAAAAUACCUUGAUAAAAGUUUCCAACGUUCAUGUUUGGAAGUAUUUUACAAAAGUUUGUUACACUGCGUCACACUUGGAUCCUGGGUUCCUCAGUAUGCUAUACUCUAGUCCAUUAUUUUUUCAGUUAUUAAAUUCAUUAUUGGAGCAAUAUAAAUCAAGUCAUAACCAAGCAACAAGAAAAUCAUUAAGCUCAGUAUUGAAGCAAUGGCUGAUGUUACUUGUGGAAAUAUCACGCAAGAAGUUGUUACCUGAUAAACUGAAUCACGAAGCUCUUUUCUUCCAAAUUGUAGUAUCAUUUAUGAAGUUAAAUAAGUUCAGUUCAUUAGGUAUAGAGAUUAUUUUAAACAUCUGGCAGAAAAAUGGAUUACUAAAAGGCUCUACACGCAAAGAUAUGGCACUUUUACUCAAGACAAGUGGAAUUUUGGAACGCGUAUUCUAUGAAUUUGAUCCAGAAGAUAUAGAUUUCAGUGCGUUUGUGAAUAGAUACACAAAAUUGUGCUCACUCCAUCCUUAUAACACGUUUUGCAAAGAUAUCCUAUGUCAGGGGUCAUUUUUAAACCGUAUCCAAGUGUUUUUUGAGACAUAUGAGAGUAGUGUCCUUAUUCAACUGGACUUAUUAAAGCUAUUGAAAGUUCUUUUCCUACAUGGAAACCACUCAGAUCCUGAAGUCCAUAAAGUUUUAGUACGCGUGGUAGAAUUUCUAGAUCAUAACUGGAAAGCUCAUGGAACAAAUACCCACACAAGACAAGUCGGAGGUGACUCGGUAUUGCUUAUCCAGCUUUGUAACGACCUGCGAUCAUUAAUCUCUACGUCCUCAUAA